GAAGACUGUAAUUGCACUGAAACUAUAUCUCAAUUUGAUUCCUUUAGAAAUACCGUACUAAAACGUCGAGUACGUUCUGCUAUUUUUCCAACGAGGGCAGCUCUUCUAUUGACUCCUUCUUUUGCUAAGGCUAUACUUGGUGGAAAACCUCGUGGACUCCUGUAUGCUGUAGAAUUCGACAUGUAUACGGCAGUACCAGAUACUGUUGAAGGUUGGGAACCCACGAUAUUUAUAAAAAAACUAGAAAGAAGGAUUAAGGCUGAAAAAGCUGAGAAAGAAGCAGUGAAAAAUGAGCCAGUAGUAACUCCAGCACCAGCACCAACACCACCACCAAUUACUAUGGAUGCAUUGGAUCACAGUAAUUUUACAUUUGGCGAAUAUUAUAAUUAUGCUGAUGAUUACUUUCCUGGACCAAUCGAGUACGAAAAGUAUAUAUAUCCAUUAGAUGAGCUAAAGACCACAGAUCAUAGAAGAAUUGAUAACUAUAAAACUUCGUUGCCAAAUUACUAUAAAAGUCGCGAAAGAAUACAAAAUUUCUACGCAAGAAAUCCACAGAACAAAAACUAUACGAACUAUUAUCAAGCUGCACAAAAUAGCUUUAAAAAACCAUUUUUCAAAACACCACAAAGAACCACAUAUGUGAGUAAGAAAAACUUUAGGGAUAAUCAAUACCGCAGAAAGGGAACAUACUCUAAUAUGUGGUCACCUGGUAGUCAAAGGAACGUUUACUAUGCAAAGAGCAAUACACCAAAAUGGAAACAUUUCUCACAAAAUUACAGAGAACGACGUGAGAUAUAUGAACAAUUACUUACAGUCGGAAAAAUCUUCAAUUUCGAUAUGAAGGCCUGCAUAAAACGAGCUAUGUGCGAAGUCAAUACCUACCUAAAACCAUAUGGUGUAUCGCUGAUGGAAGAUAUUGUUCGAAUUCUUUUAACGGUACCAUCUUCUGUUAAUGAUGGCAACGAAUAUAAUUUUAAAACUGUGAACUGCGUACAGAAGUUUGCUAUAAGUUGCCCGUAUCGCGUCCUCGAAAUUUUAACCGGCAAUAUGCGACCAUAUAAAACAACCUAGGUAUAUGAAAGUAAAGAAUCAAAGAUUUAUUGACUGACAUUUGCAUUCAAAACAAUAGUAUCAAAUUUUUGGAAUAAACACACAAAUAAAUAUAUAAAAAACAUCUA